CAAAUCUCGGCGUCGCCCCAAUCCUAAGACGGACACUGCCGCGCGCCUCCGUGUCCAUUUCUUAUCACUGUCAACCUCGCUACUCUCUGAGAUCUUACGCUACCUCCGUCCUCAUCGCGCACCGUUUUAGGCGAACUGCCUUUGUCCAAUAUCUUGCAACCAUGCUCCGAGUCUGCUCCCGCCGCAACUGAGAUAUCGCCGUCUUUGUUCCACCGCUGGCCCGGCUCUCCUCCGAACGCCAUUGUCACCCACUAGUUGACCCGCCAUCUGCCGUCUGCGCGCCACCAAACAAGCCCAAGCUGCUCACUCAGUGAGCCAAACACAAACAUCUAUCGCCCCAACAAACUCGCCAGGCUGCUCCACCCGUGGAAAUCGUUGGCUCAAAACCUCUCCGAGCGUCCCAACCUGACGUGUCGCUACAACGCCACCCGGCCGACUUCUUCAGAUAUGGAGCGCUUUUCCAAGUUUCGAAGGAGCAAAAAGGACUCGACCGGAGCCACCGGUGUUGCCGCUGACGACAAGGCCGCUGCUACCUCUGCCGCCUCGCGCACCUCGUCUCCGUCCGACCCAGAAACCGCAGCCGCAGCCCCCGCCACGGCACAUCAGGUCCUUAUGGCCGCCGCGGCUCCCGAACGCCGGCGGGACAUGCACUCACCGUUCCGUGGCCUCCACCUCCGAACCUCGACAAAGCGCGCGCGCUCGUCGCCCCCUGCGGCCCUCCCCCAGUCGCCGACCAGCUCUUCUGCGCAUCCCGGCCUCUUCAUCAACACCGACCUCAGCGGGAUCGAUCAACAACAGAAUGCCUCGCCCCUCUCAACAGCCCAACACGCUGUCUCGGCCAUAGUUCCCAAGCGGCAAGACUUCCCGCGCCCGCAGCGCUCGCGAUCUCAGUCACAAGCUAGGAAGCGUCAGCCUGGCUCUGGCGCUAGAGGCCCGCAAAUUCCAUCUUUCCUCACCCUCUCGCCACAGGAAAUAGAGAACAAGUUCCAGGAUCUGACAUGGCUAGAACGGGAGCGCAUGUUGCAAUCGGCCCAGAACCCGGCGCCAACAUUUCAGUUUGCUCGGGUGCCGUCGCAAGCUCACGUCAAGCGCCUGGAUCGCUACAUCAACGUCCAGCCAUGGCAGAACAACCGUGUUCGGCUGCAGGUGCCCCCGGGGAAACCGGACUACAUCAACGCCUCGCCCAUAUGUCUUUCAGCCACCACGGGUGGCCCGUUUGAACAAGGCGGAAGCGAUGCGGAGGACCACCCGAGUCGAUACAUCGCUAUGCAGGGGCCCAAGAAAAACUCGGUCGAGCACGUCUGGCGUAUGGUUUUUGAGCAGCUGCGCGGUCCCGCAGUCAUAGUCAUGUUGACUGAGACGCAUGAGGGCCCAGCUGAGAAGUGCUAUCCAUACUUUCCCCGCUCUCCCGACUCACCCCCGAUCGAGAUUGGCGCCUCGGAUGAGUUUGCAGAUGGCUUCCGUGCCUCGGUGCGCUGCGAGGCCAUCGAGCCUACUUGCGCAGGUGAUGCCAUCGAGCUACGCAAGCUGGUGAUCCGAGUCCACCGCCGGGCAGGCGUUCCAACGGCAGGCACACCCGCUACACCACUACGGAAGCAGCGACAUAAUUUGUCGGAUGGCGAGGGUGGCAGUCGCAAGCGAGACGUAGAGUCGGAGGCGACGAGCCCGAUAGAGACGACCCAAGGGGACGACGACGACGUGAUGAUCAUGUCUCCCUUCAAACCCGACCCACCGGCUGGGCGCAGCAUCUUCCCCAGCUUAAAGAAGCGGAGGGAUAGGUCCCAAACCGGUCAAGGCAGCAGCAGGAGUAGUAGUAGAGCCUCGGCGAGGACGGGCGACGAUCGCACACCUGCGGGGUCGACAGACCGUGAGGAGAACGGCAUCGAGGAGGAGAACGGCAUCGAGGAGGAGGACGAAAGCGAGGCGGCCGAGGUGGAAGAGCGCGUGGUGCAUCACUUCCUCUACAAGAAGUGGCCCGACUUCGGAGUACCGGCGCUGGAGGACCUCGACUCCUUCUUUACGCUGAUGAGACUGUCGCGCGAGAAGAACGCGGACCCAGAGAACCCACGCAUCGUACAUUGCAGCGCUGGUGUUGGACGCUCAGGCACCUUCAUUGCGCUUGAGCAUCUGAUGCGAGAGCUCGACUCGGGUGUGCUGGAGGACUGGGACGAUCAGGAGGAGGAUAGGACGUACGCUGGCGACGGAGGCGCCGGCGAUGGCGACCUCAUCUUCCACACGGUGAAUCAGCUCCGCGAGCAGCGUCGGAACAUGGUCCAGGCCGAGGGCCAGUUCCUGUUCAUCUAUCAGGUUCUGCGCAAGCUUUGGCAGGACAAGUACGAUGUCCCUGAGGAGGAGCAAGAGCCCGCGGCCAAACGGCACGAGGUCGAUCCUUUUGUCAGCAGUGAGAGAUAGUCGUCUCUGGUUGUCUUGCUUUUCACGUGUUUGGUCGGGCUUUCUCCCUAUUCACGAUGCGGUAUUUCGUUGAUCUAGGUGAUAGCAUGGCGUCACUCGGUGGUUUUUCUUCUUUCCCUUCUUUCUUUCUUCAUCUGAUGGACCACCCUGAUCUCGCAGGAAACACACGCUUUUUUCUUUCCUCAAUACGGCCUUGGUAUUGUGGGAGCGGCACAGUCAGUCUAUAUUUGGGCGUCUACCUCGUUUAAUUCCUUGCUUGUGUAACACUGUACUUUUAUGUAACCGAACCUCUUCUGCCUACUUUGUCUGCCGUGGGCUCGCCACUACAUUGGCUCCCUCCAAUCCUACCUCACGCUCCCGUUUUUUUUCCCUUUUCAUCGAAGCGAGGUUCAUCCUAAUUCGGCCACCAGCGUUCCAUAUACGUGAACAUACGCAUCCACAGAUACGGCUAGCGCGGGACAUGGCGUUCAUCGCAUGCAAGUCUGGCACGACAGCCCGUCGGCGGGCCGAACAAGCGUGGCGAGCCGGCAGUCGUCGAAUCCGUCAAGCCGUAAGUGACGGGCGCAUGGGUUUCAUGGUUGGUCGCUUACGGUGAUGAGUUCCCCGUUUGCCUUGUUCGCACACACACACACACACGUGCAACCUACGCGAUUCCCGAGCCGACGCCGUGCAGGGGGCUCCGAGGGCGUGGGGAGGCUAGAGGACUAAAAGCGAGGGGCAUGAUAUGCAGGCUGGGGGGCGGGCGGGCGACCUGGCAUGAGGGCUUGAGUACCCAGGUUCUUUCAUGGCUGGUUGGCUUGUUGAGGG